GGUGUGCAUCUGGCCUGGUCCUCAGGGCCUGGCCAGUCUUCUAAGGCCUCUGCCUUAGGGGAGGAGAGCAGACCACUUCCCAGGGUGAUCUUGAGGUGGCCAGCUCAAGUGGGCUCUGGCCAGGCUGUGCCUAGAACUGGGACAUCCCAGGACCCCAGUCAAAUGUCCAGGAUUUGGAAUCAGGACACAUGCUCUGGGGCAGACCAGAGAGGGGUUGAUCCAGGCUUCACUCUUUGCCAUUUUAGUGCUGUGAGUCCUUAUUGUAGAAGGGGAAACGCCCUCUUCACUCAUGUCACCAUCAGGAUCAGAACAGAUAGAGGGUAGGAACGUUGGGGCGUGGUGGGGGACUGGGUUGUCACCCUUCCUGGCCUAUUCCAGGUUGCUUUGAUCUUUAUUCCUCUCUUUGUACCUUACUUUGAAAGAAAGAACCGCUCAUCUAAGGCCACUGAGACCCGAGUCCCCAGAGCUUUUAGCUGAGCCCCCUCUAGGGUCCAAUUCAGACAACUUGAGGGAGGACAUGGAGAGGGUCCCUGGCGGUGGGAAGCGCCUGCAGCGUUGGCCCUAAAGAACCCCUCCUUCCUGGGCGCAGUGGCCGCGCUCCUCCCCCGGUUCUGCCUCCCUCCCGUCCUCCUCCCCUCGCUCCCUCUCCCGCCCGCGCCGAGCCCGCGCCGAGCCCGCGCCAGAGCGCGGGCAGCGCAGAGCGGGCGGCGGGAAGGCAGCGGUGUCCGGCGACCCGCCGCCCGGCUCAGUCCCCAAAAGACACAGGCCCCGCACGCCCGCCGGGGCCAGAGGCAGCCGCUGGGGACCGCGCAGACGAGCACCCGCCGCCCGGCUCCACCGUGAGCAGUCCGAGGUGAGCCCGGGAGGAGGGCGCGCCCACCGGAGGAGGUCCAGCCCCGCGCACUCCACACCGAACACACUUGUGUCUGGAGCCGCGGACCUACCAGGAGGCGACAGCCCGGAGCCAGCGCGGACAGCUGGGAGACCUGUCCCGGAGGGCGCUGGGGAGCCGGGCAGAGCGGCCGCGCGCCGAGACAUGCGCCGGGCGAAAUAACAGGAGGUGCGGGCUGCAUGGAGCGUGUUGGGGCACGGGGACAGCGCGGUGCCCGGCGCCUGCAUGGGCUCCCGCUCGCUUUCCGGCUGGUGUUGCUGCUGGCUGGGUCGCCGUCGGGCCGCGCGGGGGCUCCCGAGGCGCAGGAGCCCGCAUCGUCCGGCACCGUGGCCCCGGAGGGAGGCGACCGCUGCCGCGGCUACUACGACGUGAUGGGCCAGUGGGACCCGCCCUUCAACUGCAGCUCCGGUGUCUACAGCUUCUGCUGCGGCACGUGCGGCUACCGCUUCUGCUGCCACGACGGCCCGCGCCGCCUGGAUCAGAGCCGCUGCUCCAACUACGACACGCCGGCCUGGGUGCAGACUGGCCGGCCGCCCGCCCGCGCCCGUGACACUGCCGCCCCGCGCGAUCCGGGCCGCGAGCGCAGCCACACUGCGGUCUACGCGGUGUGUGGUGUCGCCGCGCUACUCGUGCUGGUUGGCAUCGGGGCACGCCUGGGCCUGGAGAGAGCGCACAGUCCGCGCGCUCGGCGCACGGUGACCAGGACACUGACAGAACUUCUCAAACAGCCAAGCCCCCAGGAACCACUGCCCCCACCUCUGGGUCCACCUCUGGGUAACUGUGUUCAGUUACAAAUGGGUGAUGGUGUUCUUCGGGGUUCCUCGCACAACACAGACAAGAAACGCCUCAAUAAUACGCCUCUGGGAUCUGCCACCCCGGGAACCCCGCGCGGCCCCCGGCUGCAGGGUGGUGGCAGCUUGACGUUGCAGCCAGACUACACCAAGUUCGCUACUCUCAAAGCAGCAGCCCUCAAGGCCACAGAGGCUGUACCCCAGGACUUCUAUCAACGUUUUCCCUCUACCGAGCCGGCCCCACGAACCCUCCCUGCGCGGACCGCGCGUCCUCCGGAGGACUUGCCUGCACUGCUAGAUGCCUGUCCCUGGGCCCCUCCACGUUAUGUACCUCCUGCUGGCCCCGUCUCAUCGGUCCCCUAUGCAGCUUGGACUGCGGGCCGCCCCACGCGACUGGUCCCCCGUGGCCACUUGGUGGCUCAGGUCUCCCCUGCACCCCGGCGGUCCAGCCACAUGCCACGCCGCCAGUUCAGUGUGGAGAAGCUGCCUGAAGCCUUCAGCGCACAGCCUGCCACCUUUUACAGCAGUGUGGGCAGAGGGCCCAGACACCUGAGCACCAACAGCAAAGCUGAAGUCACUGUCUGAAGUGGAAACACUGGAGCCUUCUGCGGGGUCUCGGGCUGGGGCUGUGGAACGGAAGUGCUGGCUUUCGAUCCAGAUGGGACUGGGGACAUUUGGAGCCUAUGGCAAAGGGGGCCAAAAGGGUAGGACUAUUCUUACC